GAUUAAAUUCUUAUUGGCAUCUUGUACGAAGACGUAGAAUAUUAUAAGGCGAUAUGUAGGAUGACCUUGAAAAAGAAUCGCCUUUUACAACGCAUUAAGCAAAGCGAUAAGGGAAUAGAUUCUAUGAAAUGCUCCAUAAUCUUUGAAUGACGCCUUUAUGUUUCACGCGAUGUAUAAAAAUAUCUGUCACUGGUCGAAACGGGGGGUUUGCAUUAUUUCUCCGGCAACCCGUGCGAGAAACACGCGACCGAUGCACAAGCGGUUCACUUAUUUAUCGUUGCCCCGAGCAAACUGAUCGUGAAACAUGUUGUGAAUUUUUCACGGGAAGAUCGUUCUCUCCAAUCCUCCCUCUUCCACCCCGCCCUCCGCUCCACCCUGCUACACACCCUUUAGAAAUUCCUACAAAAGGCGUAACACCAGCAACCUCGAUUCUCGUUUAAAAAAUUGAAAGACUAUUUCUCCGUGGUUCUCGAGUGCCUCUCGAAAUACACGUUGGUUGAACGGUGCACAGCAAGAUGUUGUCUCUGCCGUUCGUCGUGCUUUUACUCUUUCGUCAAUUCUCGCCAGCCAUUGGGUUCAACAUUCUCGGAAUUUGUCCCAGCGCGAGCUACAGCCACCAGCAACCCUUUCAAGCAUUGAUGAAAGCUUUGGCGGCCCGUGGACACAACGUUACCAUGAUAUCAACCAUUCCGUCAAAGAAGUCGAUAAAGAACUACGAGGACGUCGAUUUGUCGUUUUCCUAUCGAAAACGAGAUUGCACCGGUCUAAGGCACAUGGGGGCGUUCACCCUUUUGCACAAGAACAUGCGAGAGGCGAACGAGUUGUGCGAGGAACAACUGUUCAGCACGGCCAUCACGCACCUAAUUUCCAAGAACAAAACCUUCGAUGCUGUGAUUAUAGAACAGUUGUGGUACCAGUGCUAUUACGCCCUCGUCAAACAUUACAAUUCGCCGGUUCUAAUCGGAUUCUUGAGCGUUGGCAAUCUUCCCUACGUGAUGGACUCGGUUGGGAAUCCGGACGAUCCCCUGUUGAAUCCCGACAUGGCUUAUCCUUUCACCAACAAAAUGAGCCUGAACGAGCGUAUUUGGAAUAUUCUCUACACAACGUGGACCAGGAUAUAUUAUAAAUACUGGCAUUUGCCGAGAGCGCAGGAGAUCGUUAACAAGUGGAUGCCUGACGUUUCGAUCGAGGACAUCGAUAGAAACUUUAGCCUAGUGAUAUUGGGAAACAAUCACGUAUUCGGAUAUCCGAAACCGCUGCUGCCAAAUGUAAUCGAGGUUCAUAGCCUUCAAAUCGCGGAGAAAAGCGAAACUCUACCCAAGGACAUUCAAGAAUUCCUAGACAAUGCGGAGCACGGGGCGAUCUAUUUCUCCCUAGGCUCGAAUCUGCAAACUCAUCAGUUGUCGAUCGGCUCUUUGACCGCAUUGUACAAGGCGCUCGGCUCUCUCAAGCAAAGAGUUCUAUGGAAACACGGGGAAGACGUGGCCAUUCAUCCAGCCAACAUCAAAUUUGUGAAGUGGGCACCCCAGCAAGCGAUUCUCGGUAAGGUCAUCGAAGGUUAACUCUCCGCUUCCUCGCGGCCCCUUUGAACGCGAGCAUAGAUUGACCGCUUCGGGAUACGUUCGUUUUAUUAGACCGCCUCUUGGAAAUCGUUCACGUGAACACACGAGAAUCCAGUUAUUAUCCCAACGAUGAAACGCCUCGAUCCCCGUUAAUGUGGGAAUAAAAAUGAAACGACACGACUUAAUCGCGUCGUAAAAAAAAAAA